ACCCGUUUACAAAACAUUUUGAAGUGGAGCAAGAUCUUGCACCAGUUGUGACCAACGAUGCUGUGAAAUGGCAGAAGAAAGAAAUGAAGAUUCCAGUUUUAGGACCAAGUUGGCUUCUUUAUAGAGAUCCAUCACUUUUGCAACAUCCCAGUACAGAUACUGACCUCAAGAAACUCCAUGUGAAGCAGAAACUCUGCAGUCAAGCACUAAACACCAACAGGCAACUGGCAGGUGUCAUUCCCAAACCUGGAGCUUCAUUGACCCCGUUGCAGCAGCAUCUGUUCAGUGUGAUGAAUUCCUACCAGGACUUGUUGUAUCCAAAAGAGACUGUACAGAACCUGGAGGAGCUGAGAUUGGUGUACACCCUGCAUGCACUGAACCAUGUUUUGAAAACAAGAAGUCGUGUCAUUGCCCACAAUACAAAGCUGAAGAACAAAAAAGCAGACACUGAUGAGGAUGUUGAGUAUCGUGACCAAGGCUUGACAAGACCAAAGGUUCUCAUUCUCUUGCCCUACAGAGACAGAGCAUUAAAAGUAGUCAACAUGAUCAUUAGCUUGUUAACGUCAUCGGAACAGGCCGUUGUAAGCAAUAAGAAACGAUUUGACAGUGAAUACUCUGAGCUUGAGAACUCUCAGCUGUCAGAAAAAGGAUUCAAACCUGCUGACUUCAGGAAAAUAUUUGAAGGGAACACAGACGAUAACUUCCGUGUGGGAAUGAGCGUGUCCAAGAAAAGCUUGCGGCUAUACAGUAAAUUCUAUGAAUCAGAUAUUAUUCUGGCAUCCCCUCUAGGUCUCAGGAUGAUCAUUGGACUGGAAGGUGAUCGGGAACGGGAUUUUGACUUCCUGUCAUCCAUAGAAAUGCUCAUCAUUGACCAGGCAGACAUCUUCCUUAUGCAGAACUGGGACCACUUCUUGCAUGUUUUCAAGCACCUUCACCUGCAGCCAAAGGAAUACCAUAAUGUUGAUUUCUCCCGAGUGAGAAUGUGGUCUAUAAAUGGAUUGAGCAAACAUUAUCGACAGACACUGAUUUUCAGUUCUGUUGUCCUUCCAGAAAUUGUGACCAUUUUCAACAAACACUGUCACAACUAUGGAGGCAAGUUGUUUGUGCAAAGAGCAGAGAAACUGGGAACUAUCAGAUCAAGUGUUUCUGAUGCACCACAGAUUUUUCAUCGAGUUGCUUGCGAUGCUCCAAGUAGCCUGUCACAGAGGAACGCAAAGUUUGAGUAUUUGAAGAAAAAGAUUAUUCCCUACCACACGUCUGCUGGAAUGAAGCAGACAUUGAUAUACUGCAACUACUACAGUUUUGUUCAUCUCCGCAACUACUUCAGGGAGUCAGAAACUGACUUUCUCUUCAUUAAUGAGUACGACACAGAAAAGCAUGUGCGCAAUGCCCGCAUUCACUUUAGGAAGCGUCAUCCACACUUUAUGCUGUACACAGAAAGACUGCAUUUUCACUACAGAUUCAGGUUGAGGGGGAUUCACCACAUUGUGUGGUUUGAUCUGCCACAGUACCCACACUUCUACCCGGAGCUGGUCAACUUGAUGGAGACCACACAUCAUGCUUGUACAUCUACAGUCCUCUUCACAAGAUAUGAUGCCCAGAAGCUGACAGAGAUUGUAGGCUCUAAACGGACAGCUCAUAUGCUUGCUUCCGAGAAGUCAGUCAACAUGAUAACAGUGUCUUAA